AUGGCCGCUCAAACUACUCAGAACAAGAACAACACUCCAAAGGACAACAACUUGAACAAACACGCUGGACGUGGUGCCGUUCCUUUCAUGUGCUUGUAUGACGAUGCCAACAGUGAUACGCUAAUUUUCCGUUCUACCGGCAAUUUACGGUACACUACAAGAGAUCCUGAGAACAUCAAAGCUAUCUUAAGUACCCAAUUCAAUGAAUUCUCUUUGGGACUUCGCCACAAGCAAUUUAGGGUACUCCUUGGGGAUGGAAUAUUCACUUUAGAUGGUGAUGGUUGGAAACAUUCGAGAGCGAUGCUUCGGCCACAGUUUGCCAGAGAACAAGUGUCCCAUGUUACCAUGUUGGAACCACACGUCAAGCAGUUAAUAAGAAGGGUGAAGGCAGUCGAUGGUUCAAAGUUUGACAUCCAGCCCUUAUUUUUCAAGUUAACUAUCGACUCAGGAACUGAAUUUUUAUUUGGAGAGUCCUGCUCGUCUCUCCAAGAUGACAUUGUUGACUAUUCUAAGCUUGUUGGCCCCGCAGACGUGGAUAAAUUUCCCCAAGCGUUUAACACAUCUCAAGUGUACCUUCUUUUGAGAUCGGGAUUACAAAACUUCUACUUUUUGCUCAACUCCAGGGAAUUCAGAAGAUGCAACAGAAUUGUUCGCGGAUUUGCUGACUACUACGUCGACAAGGCCCUUGCAGCAACGCCAGAAGAAUUGGAAAAGGCAUCAGAAGGAAAAUAUGUGUUCUUAUAUGAGCUAGUCAAACAGACCAGAAAUCCUCAGGUCUUGAGAGAUCAGUCAUUGAAUAUUUUAGUGGCUGCCAGAGACACAACGGCGGGCCUUUUAUCGUUUUUGUUCUUUGAACUUGCUAGGAACCCAGCUGUUUUCAAGAAAUUGCGUGAAGAAGUCGUGAAUGCAUUUGGAGAAGGAGAGCAGGUUGAUUUAGGCAAAAUGACCUUUGAGUCGCUUAAGAAGCUCGAGUAUCUCAAAUGGGUGCUCAACGAGACACUCAGGUUAUACCCUUCGGUUCCACAAAAUGCUCGCUUAGCGACGAAGGAUGCAACAUUACCAAGAGGUGGAGGGCCGGAUGGUAAUGAGCCAAUCUUUGUUCCAAAAGGUGAGAUCGUUGUUUAUACGAUUUAUGCUACUCAUCGGAACCCAAGCAUUUAUGGCAAUGAUGCCCACGUAUUUCGCCCUGAAAGAUGGGGUGAAGCAGAUCUCAAGAAGGUGGGUUGGGGCUUCCUUCCUUUCAAUGGUGGGCCUCGAAUUUGCUUAGGACAGCAAUUUGCGUUAACUGAAGCCUCCUAUGUGACAGUUCGCUUGUUGCAGAAUUUCCUGAACAUCCAGUCAUUUGAUGAUGCUGGAGACCCUAAGAAGAAUACUCAUUUGACUAUGUCCUUACUUAAUGGUGCUAAUAUCAGAUUCUAUUAA